UCCGUCGCCGGCCGGAGAUGACGGCCCUUCUCAGUCGCCCACUCCCUUCUUUCCCUACUUUCCAACACCGAAGCGUCUUCAAAUCCACACCGUCCGUCAAAACAAGCGUCUCUUGCUUCAACUCCAAGCACUCCUUCAAGAGAGAUUACACAAGCGUGAUGAUAGUCCCGACCGGAGUCGGAGCCGCCAUUGGUGGAUACGCCGGCGACGCCUUGCCGGUGGCGCGCGCUCUCUCGUCCGUCGUCGAUUGCCUCAUCACUCAUCCCAAUGUGCUGAAUGCAGCAAUGCUCUAUUGGCCAAUGCCGAAUGCUUUGUACGUCGAAGGCUACGCUCUCGACCGAUUCGCCGAAGGCCUAUGGGCUCUCAAGCCUGUUCACCAGAACAAGGUAGGGCUGAUUCUUGAUUGCGGAAUCGAAGAGGAGCUUCGUGUUCGUCAUUUGCAAGUAGCUGAUGCUGCCAGGGCUUCCCUUGGGUUGCCUGUGGUGGAGUAUGUUGUAACUGACACUCCUUUGCAGGUAGAGAAGUGGGUUGAUCCAAAGAGUGGGCAAUCAACAGGGAGGAUCAAGCACCCUGAAUCGUUAUUGAGGGCUGUGCAGGCUUUGAUCAAACGCUCACAAGUUAAUGCCGUCGCAGUUGUUGGACGUUUCCCAGAUGAUGAUUUUGAAGAUACUGAUGAUUAUCGACAAGGAAUGGGGAUUGAUCUAUUGGCAGGAGUUGAGGCAGUUAUAAGCCAUCUUGUAGUGAAAGAAUUCCAGAUUCCUUGUGCACAUGCUCCUGCUUUAUUACCUGUACCUUUGUGCCCAUAUCUAUGCCCAAAAUCAGCUGCUGAGGAGUUGGGAUACACCUUCUUGCCUUGUGUGCUUGCUGGCCUUAGUAUUGCACCACAGUACUUGGUCAAAAACUCUGAGCCCGAGCAUGGUUGCAUAGUGGCAAGUGAUGUUGAUAGUGUCAUCCUUCCUAUAGAUGCUUGUGGAGGACCUGGUGCUCUUGCUUUUGCCCAAACCAAAGCCAAUAAGCCCCUCAUAGUUGCUGUGGAGGAAAAUGAAACAGUCCUCGAUGACACACCUGAUAAAGUUGGCAUUGAAGCGAUCAAGGUCUCAAACUAUUGGGAAGCCAUUGGUGUUAUUGCAGCUCACAAGGCUGGAGUCAAUCCGCAGUCUCUACGAAGAGAUAGAAUUAGCAACCUCCAACACACUCGUCUUUUCCUGACUAAUGGUUAUGCCGUUCAAAGUGCCUCAACAAAUGGCUAUUGAUCGAAAAAGUUCAGGAAAUAGUUUCUCAACUAACUUUCACCUAGCAUUAUUCAUUUAAAUGAGAAACAUGUUACAAGAAUUCUGUCCUGGUUUGAUCACCUGCAAGAAAUUAAUGAAAAGGAGGGAUCAUUCUGG